AAGCGUGAUUACAACGAUUGAGAAGAGGUUUGACAUUCCUAGUCGUGUGUUGGGAGGAAUUGCUAGCACUUUUGAAGUCGGUAAUUUGUUGACGAUCAUCUUUGUAAGCUACUUGGGAAGUCACAGACAUAUUCCUGUUUGGAUCGGAAAAGGUUGUUUAAUAAUGGGUGUAGGAUCUCUGGUGUUUUCCCUCCCAUACUUUCUGGAUCAACCAAGUUCCAGCUAUAACUAUGUCAAAAAACAUGGGCCAAAUGCUUCUCGUUUCCUGGAUGAAAACACGUGUCGGAUAUCUCCAGUGUCCGUCCAUGCUGAACUGCAGGGUGGUGGUCACUUUGGUAUUCAGCAUCCAGGUCCUGACCUGACCUCCUCCAGGUGUUCAGAAGGAAGUUCAUCAAGCGUGUUGCACAUCUUGAUCUUCAUGAUUUCCCAGGUACUGAUAGGCUGUGGAGGGUCACCUAUCUUCACACUGGGUACAACAUAUAUAGAUGACCAUGUGAAGAAGGAGAGCUCGUCUAUGUAUAUAGGAUGCAUGUACAGUACCUCAGGACUAGGACUUGUUUGUGGAUUUCUUCUGGGAGGAUACUUACUGUCUAUCCACGAAGAUGCCAUCUUAUAUGACACUGUGCCUUAUGAUGUACAUCCGGGCAGUCCUCGUUGGGUUGGAGCUUGGUGGGCGGGCUUUGUGUUGUAUGGAUUUUUACUUAUGGUGAUUGCAAUUCCAUUCUUUGCCUUCCCUAAAACUCUGAGGAAAGAAAAGGAACGCCUGAUUUUGGAAACUAAUGAACUUUCACCGUCAAAUGAACAGCAAAUACAAGAAGAACUACACAUGCCUGGAGAAACGGAGCCAAGUCAUUCUGUCUCCAAGGAAGCUGAAAAGAAACAGAAGUAUGGGAAAGAUGUUAAAGAUAUUCCAGUUUCUAUGUGGCAUCUGCUGAGUAAUCCAAUCUAUAUAGUCACCUGUCUGGGAGCUUCCAUGGAGCUAUCUAUUGUCAACGGCUUCAUCAUCUUUCUUCCAAAAUACUUAGAGACUCAGUUUAGCUUGGGAAAGUCCGAAGCUAAUGUAUUUACAGGUGGAAUAGCCAUACCAGGAGCUUGUGUAGGGAUAUUCCUGGGAGGUUACUUACUGAAGAGGUUUCAGCUUCGACCAAAAGGGGCCAUCCAGUUUGUGCUGUUUUUUAACAUUCUCUCCUUGGGAUUGUACACUAUUCUUUAUUUUCUUGGAUGUGAUAAUAUAAGGAUGGCUGGUGCUACAUUACCUUAUUUUAACAA